AUGGUGGUGCAAAGGCCCGUAAUCGAGACCGACAGAGCUGGAAAUCCGACAGGAAUCCUCAGCACGCCACCCGAUGAUCCGACUCAGGUGGUUCCACCUGCUCCACGCCGUCGUCAGUCAACUGGUUUGCUGGACGAGGAGAAGACCAGAACCGUUCUGCUGUUCUCAGGACUGUUCCUAACCCUCGGGGGUGUCACCUUCACCGCCAUAGGCUGGCAUCACUACCGAGCCAACCCCAACUUUGAGUGGGCCCAACUGCUGGGCCCCGUCCUGAUCUCCGUCGGAGGCACUUUUGUGCUCACCAGCGUCUGCAAGUUCAGGAUCCUCUGGCCCUGCAGAGAGUGGGACAACGAAGUGCUCGUGAUGCCUGUGAUGGAGCAAACUUCAACGGGACAUUCUUUUACGUUGAGUGCCGUAAAUCAACCGGCCCUGUUGUAUAACGCCACAGCAGUGCUGUGUUUCCCACCCCAGUAUGACUUUAUAACCCAGCAAGUGCGCCAGGCCAGUGAGUUCCAGCCUGGCGGUCCCGUGAAUGGCGUCGACGUGGCCCGUCCUCCACACGACGCCCUGCGCUGUGUGGAUAACGCAGCUUUCACAGCAGAAGAAGAAGAAGACGGCUGGGUUCACUGUGCAGAAACAGACUGCAGAAGAAGCAGGUAG